CGAGGAGUUGGGUGGGAGCGCGAGGCUCGGACGGGUAGACGCGCGGACCGACGGCAGGAUGUUCAGCUGGAUGGGGAAGCAGGCGGGUGGGCGCGAGCGCGCGGGCGGCGCGGACGCCGUGCAAACGGUGACGGGCGGCCUGCGUUCGCUCUACCUGCGCAAGGUGCUACCACUGGAGGAGGCGUACCGCUUUCACGAGUUCCACUCGCCCGCGUUGGAAGACGCCGACUUCGAGAACAAGCCUAUGAUCCUUCUGGUGGGCCAGUACAGCACGGGCAAGACCACUUUCAUCAGGUACUUACUGGAGCAAGAUUUUCCUGGCAUGAGGAUUGGUCCAGAGCCCACCACUGAUUCCUUCAUCGCUGUGAUGUAUGGGGAGACCGAGGGCAGCACCCCAGGGAAUGCUUUGGUCGUGGACCCCAAAAAGCCGUUUCGAAAACUUAGUCGCUUUGGAAAUGCUUUCCUAAAUCGAUUCAUGUGCUCCCAGCUGCCCAAUCAGGUCCUGAAGAGCAUCAGCAUCAUCGACAGCCCUGGCAUCCUGUCUGGGGAGAAGCAGCGCAUCAGCCGAGGGUACGACUUCUGCCAGGUCCUGCAGUGGUUCGCUGAGCGGGUUGACAGGAUCAUCCUGCUCUUUGAUGCUCACAAACUGGACAUCUCAGACGAGUUCUCAGAGGCCAUCAAGGCCUUCCGAGGCCAGGAUGACAAGAUCCGCGUGGUGCUGAACAAGGCCGACCAAGUGGACACGCAGCAGCUGAUGCGUGUCUAUGGGGCCCUCAUGUGGUCCCUGGGCAAGGUCAUCAACACGCCCGAGGUGCUGCGCGUCUAUAUCGGCUCCUUCUGGGCACAGCCCCUGCAGAACACUGACAACCGCAGGCUCUUUGAGGCUGAGGCCCAGGACCUCUUCAGAGAUAUACAGAGCCUCCCCCAGAAGGCAGCAGUGCGCAAACUCAACGACCUCAUCAAGCGAGCCAGACUGGCCAAGGUACACGCCUAUAUCAUCAGCCACCUGAAGAAGGAGAUGCCGAGUGUUUUUGGGAAGGAAAACAAGAAAAGAGAGCUCAUCAGCCGGUUGCCAGAAAUCUACAUUCAGCUGCAGCGAGAAUACCAGAUUUCUGCAGGGGACUUCCCAGAGGUCAAGGCAAUGCAGGAACAGCUCGAGAGCUAUGACUUCACCAAAUUCCACUCGCUGAAGCCCAAGCUGAUCGAGGCUGUGGACAACAUGCUGACCAACAAGAUCUCGUCCCUGAUGAGCCUCAUCAGCCAGGAGGAGCUGAACAUGCCCACACAGCUUGUGCAGGGCGGCGCCUUCGAUGGCACCGCCGAGGGCCCCUUCAACCAGGGCUACGGGGAGGGCGCCAAGGAGGGCGCCGAUGAGGAGGAAUGGGUUGUGGCCAAAGACAAGCCCGUCUACGACGAGCUCUUCUAUACACUGUCCCCUGUCAAUGGCAAGAUAUCGGGCGUCAACGCCAAAAAGGAAAUGGUGACCUCCAAGCUGCCCAACAGCGUCCUGGGCAAGAUCUGGAAGCUGGCCGACUGUGACUGCGAUGGCAUGCUGGACGAGGAGGAGUUCGCGCUGGCCAAGCACCUCAUCAAGAUCAAGCUGGACGGCUACGAGCUGCCCAACAGCCUGCCCCCCCAUCUGGUGCCCCCCUCUCACAGGAAGUCCUUUCAGAAGGCUGACUGAGGGGCAGGCCACCCACAGGGCAGGUGGUGUGGGGUGCGAAUCCUGGGACUUGGGCCUGAGGCCCUUGCUGUCACUGACUCACUGAGUGACCCUGGGCAAGGCACCACCCUCUCUGUGCCUCAGUUUCCCCACCUGUAGAAUGGACACCAGAUGAGGUCCUUCCACCUCCCAAAUUCCCUGAGUUUUUAUUAAAAUAUUGGGGGUGGGGAGCAGAUAAGGAGAUUGUAGGGUGGAGAAGAAAGAGAAAUUGACCAAAGAGUACUCAGAAGCCUGGAGAGACGCGAGUGUGGAGGCGGGCCGGCGGGAGCCCCCGGAGCUCGGGGUGGGAGCCGGGGGGUGGGUGCCGCUGCAGCAGGAGUCUGCCGGGCUCCCCUGGACCGCACAUCACCGCGGGCCUGUUUGUCCCUCAGGGCAACCUGAGGGAGCAGAAAGGAUGUUAUUUAUUUUGUUUCCU